ACGCCGCGCCCCCAAGCGCGCGGGGGCGCCCGACACGGCCCCGCCCCGCCUCUUCCGCCUUUCUGAGGCGCGGCGGCCGCGCAGCCUGGCCCUGAUUGGGCGUCUCUGGACAGGCGGCGACGCGAUUGGCCACAGGCGGAAUGACGUCAGGGCCGGGGUCCGGCGUGAAUAGGGGCGGCAUGGCGCCGCCCGGCCUCUUACGCUCCUGGCUGGGGCAGAGCCGGGCCAUGAGCCUGGCCAUGAGCCGGUGCGUCUUGGAGCCCCGGCCCCCGGGGAAGCGGUGGCUGGUGGCUGGCCUGGGCAACCCCGGCCUGCCCGGGACGCGGCACAGCGUGGGCAUGGCGGUGCUGGGGCAGCUGGCGCGGCGGCUGGGUGUGGCGGAGAGCUGGGCGCGCGACCCGCGCUGCGCCGCCGACCUCGCCCUGGCGCCGCUCGGGGACGCCCAGCUGGUGCUGCUGCGGCCUCGGCGGCUCAUGAACAGCAACGGGCGCAGCGUGGCCCGGGCCGCCGAGUUGUUCGGGCUCACCGCCGACGCGGUCUACCUGGUGCACGAUGAGCUGGACAAGCCUCUGGGGAAACUGGCCCUCAAGCUGGGCGGCAGUGCCAGGGGCCAUAAUGGAGUCCGCUCCUGCAUCAGCUGCCUCAACUCCAGUGCCAUGCCAAGGCUGCGGGUGGGCAUCGGGCGCCCCGCGACCGCCGACGCCGUGCAGGCCCACGUGCUGGGCAGGUUCUCCCCGGCCGAGCAGGAGCUGCUCCCUCUGCUGCUGGACCGGGCCACUGACCUGCUCCUGGACCACAUCCGAGAGCGGAGCCAGGGGCCCGCCGUCGGCCCGUGACGCCACAGCCACAGCGGCCGGCCCGGCCCUGCCCUGCCCGGCGCCCACGCCCCAGCCCCGGCCACAGAGCCGCCAGGCCUGCUGUGCUGCCGCUUUUAUACAACUUUCCCAGAGACGAACGGGGCCCGAGGUGGCGUCCCAGGCCCGACGGCGGUCCUCUCGGCAGCCUACUUGGGGUGCAGGAAAACUUCGGGGAGGCUAAACUUCUUGAGCCUUUUUAGGAUACUGGCAGUGUGGAUCUGCAAGGGUAAAGACGCCUGCUUUAGAUUAAAGACGGGGUGGGCACGUGGCCGAGCGGGGAGCACGCUGCUUGGGACGCUCACGUCCCACAUCCGAGUGCCUGGGUCCCAGUCCCAGCUCUGCUUCCUGCGCAUGCGCCAGCAGGGAGCGCUGCAGGCAAUGGCUCCCACUCAGGAGACCCAGGCCAGCCCGGCCCCUGGCUCCAGGAUCUGGCCCGGUCCGGCCCGGUCCGGCCCUGGCUGCCUGGGCUCUCUGAUGUCUGUCUCUGUGUCUCUCUGCCUUUCAAUUAAGUAAGUACCUUUUUAAAAAGCAAUUCUUGGGGGCUGGCGCCGUGGCUCACUUGGCUAAUCCUCCGCCUGUGGCGCCGGCAUCCCAUGUGGGCACCGGGCUCUAGUCCCGGCUGCUCCUCUUCCAGUCCAGCUCUCUGCUGUGGCCCAGGAGGGCAGUGGAGGAUGGCCCAAGUGCUUGGGCCCUGCACCCGCAUGGGAGACCAGGAGAAGCACCUGGCUCCUGGCUUCGGAACGGACGGCCAUUUGGGGGGUGAACCAAUGGAAAAGGAAGACCUUUCUCUCUGUCUCUCUCACUGUCUAACUCUGCCUGUCAAAUAAAAAAAAAUGUUAAAAAAAUAAAAA